AUGGGAGGAACAUCAAGUCGAAAUUUAGGAUAUAAUAAUUAUGUUAACAUGAAACUGUUAGAACCAAUAGAUUAUACAAAUGUGGAUGAUAUUUAUUUUCAGGAACCAGAUAUACAGGAUAUCAUUAGUAAAGCCAGAAAAAUAAAGAAUUGCAAUUAUAAAGAAUCUUUAGAUUUAUAUUUUAAAGCAUUGAGCCAUUUAAAAAAAAAGAAAGAAAAUAAUUCUCGUGUAUAUAAGAAUGUAUUAGGAUUUGAAAUAUAUCCUCAAGAAAUUCGAACAAAUAAUCAAUUAAAUAAGAGUCUUGAAAAUAGUAUUAAUAUAAAUGAAAAAAAUAAUACAAAAAUUUUAAGUGAUAAUGAAACCAUUUCAAUAAACAAAAAAAUAGCAUCAAUAUAUAACGAAAUUGGUGAUUUAUGUUGUAUACAUGAUUAUAUUGAAAGAUCUUUAUUUUAUUAUAAUAAAGCAUAUUCACAUAAUCCCUCUAAAAUAGAUUAUAUUUAUAAACAGGGUGUAUUAUAUCAACAAACAAAUGAUGUAGAUAAAGCUAUUCGUACAUUUAAAAUAAUCUUAUCUACAAACCCUAAUCACAUACCUACUUUAUUUUCACUGGGGAAUUUAUAUAGAUAUAUUGACUAUAAUAUUGCUCUUUCUUAUUUUGAAGCAAUUCUUAAAAUAGAACCAGACAAUACUGAAGUUUUAUCUUUAUCUGCUUCAUGUUAUGAUAAUUUAGGAAAAUUAAAUGAAGCUAUAUCAUAUCAAAACAAAGCUGUUGAAAUAAAUCCUGAUAAUUUUAACCAUAAAAAAUUUGCUCAAAGACUUAUAGAAAUGAGACCCCAAAAUUAG